AUGGAUGAACUGGAAGAUGACUUAGAAGACAUGGAGAAUGUACCUCCCCGGAAGAAGAUCAGGCUCGACACUACAAUGACUCAGGCACAAGGCAUUGUUGCCCAGCAUGGCGCUGCACCUGAACGUCGCCGUGUCUCGACGACUUGCGAUUUCCUUUCCACCAUGACAACGGCCCUGAACCCAGAACUGCAGAAGUCUUGCGAUGAGGCUCAAUCUGCCAAUACUGUGCAGAUGAGCCAACUCAUCAUGCUUAACAGCCAGGUAAAGAGCUUACCAAUCAUUUUCAAGGUUUGGGAGCUACAAUGA